UCCCUCAGUCAACGUCACUAGAACCUUCUCGAUUUGAACCAAUCUCGACCCUCUCGAACUUGAGGUGGAGGCACGUAGUAAAUAAACUGAAUGAAUACUGGAGCAUUCUUCUGUUGCUUCUACGAGUCAGACGGAAAUUCUUUCUCAAAACUUUAAUUCGACGUAUUUUUUUCUGGGUGGUGUCGAGUGCAGCUGUCAGGCGUUGGAUACUCUUAAAUAGCUGAGCAAGCUGUCGGAGGAACGAGCUAAACGUUUGCUUUGCAUGUUUUGACGUUAGGUAACGUAGCAAGCCUCAGUCAGUUAUUUCAGUGAGGUCAUAACAGGCCUGUCCUGACAGAAAGAAAAUUAGGAAACCUUUAAUUAAGGAACUGAAUACCAGAUAAGACCGUAAACGUAAGAACAUUUCCUUUCAAGCACAUAUCUAGCCUGUAUCUGGUGAAUAGAGGGCUGUGGGCUUGUCCUUUCGUUACGGGCAGUGACCUAACGUUCUUUUAAAACGUCUUUUGGCGCGAACGUUCGGUCAUUCAUUGCUCGAGGGACUGUUUACGCAUCAGUAGAGCAUCAGUGGCCAAUGCGACCAGCUCAGCAAACCCAAAUCUCCCAAGAUUCAGCAUAGUGCUAAAGCAGGCCAGAACGAGUGCGCUGCUUAUCAUCUGCUAGCCGCGUCGAAUGCCUUACAGCAGUUAGCUUUCACAUGAAUCUUCGCUGGCUUUGAUGCAUGGUUUGAAGUAAUAUUAUCUGAAGAUCAAGAUCAAUAGAAAUGUCGGAAACGAGUAAAGAGUUUGUGGAUCUGGUGUGGGGUAGACCCAGCGGCGGGGGGAUGUCAGCAUCUCUCUUCCGUAGGUGGUCUCAAGGUUUUGUUUUUAGUGAGUCAGAACGCAGUGCACUGGAGCAGUUUGAAGGCGGGCCAUGUGCUGUCAUCGCACCUGUGCAGGCUUUCCUGUUGAAGAAUAUUCUGUUUAACACUGAGGGCUCAAACUGGAGCGAUAUCUCAGAGGAAGAGCAGCGGAUGGUCCUGUGCUCCACACUCAGUGAGAUUCUGGAGUCAGCCUGCCUCAAUAAGACACAGGCCUUUCACCUGGCCACCUGGCCUCGUGCUAAGACCACAGACAGCUCUGACAUCACAGACAGCCACCCGGAGCCAGAGUCCAGUCAGCCUACAGACACACCAACUGCUUUGGCUGCUGAGGAGCUUGGCUUUGAGAGGUUUCACAGUGUCAUACAGAAAUGGACUCUCAGGAACGUUACUGAGCUGAGAGAGGCUGUGUUGUCACUGUAUGACACCUGGAGGAACAAAUUUGGGGUUCUGCUAUUCCUGUACUCUGUCAUACUUACAAAGGGGAUUGAGAACAUAAAGAACGAGAUAGAAGACACAUCUGAACCUCUGAUUGACCCUGUGUAUGGUCAUGGCAGCCAAAGUCUAAUCAACCUACUGGUGACAGGCCAUGCUGUGUCCAAUGUGUGGGAUGGUGAUAGAGAAUGUUCUGGAAUGAAGCUUCAUGGCAUCCACCGGCAAGCCUCUGUUGGCUUCCUCACACUAAUGGAGUCACUGCGCUAUUGCAAGGUUGGUGCAUUUCUCAAAUCUCCAAAGUUCCCUAUUUGGAUCCUUGGCAGUGAGACACAUCUCUCAGUAUUCUUCACUAAGGAGAUGGCUUUGGUGGCCCCUGAAUCCCCAUCAGAGCAGGCCAGAAGAGUCUUCCAGACCUUUGACCCUGAAGAUAACGGGUUCAUUCCAGACACACUGCUUGAAGAUGUAAUGAAAGCUUUGGAUCUCGUCUCAGAGCCAGACUAUGUGAAUCUGAUGAAGAGUAAAUUGGAUCCAGAGGGGUUGGGCAUUAUUCUGUUGGGUCAAUUUCUGCUGGAGUUUUUCCCUGAUCAGGAUUCAGUGAUUCCAGACUCAUUUCCUGUGUAUCACUAUAACGGCCUAAAGCAGUCCAACCACAAUGAGAAGGUAAGUUACGUUGAGGGCACUGCUCUAGUCAUGGGUUUUGAGGACCCUAUGGUACGCACAGAUGACACCCCAGUCAAACGCUGUCUACAGACCAAAUGGCCAUACAUCGAGCUCCUGUGGACCACAGAGAGGUCGCCCUCACUGAAUUAAGCUUUAAUCUCUAACCUUUCACCUGCCAACCUUUGGCUGCAAAGCCCGCUAACUUCAGGAAAGCUAAACCCUCUUAGGUCUCCUCACUCUCUGCACUACAUUUAGGGGGCCAACACAGGGCCUGAAGUUGAACUGAGAUACAAUGCCCUUCACCUGGCACUGACACUAAAGCUCUUCUCUGCUUUUUACACAUCUCAACUGGCUUGUACAUUUGAUUAUUGGGCUAAUUGUAUGCUUAAAGCCCUGGAGUUAUGUGUUGUUUUUGUUUGUAAUCUGUUAUGUAUACCAAAUGUAUUUGAUUUUGCAGAUGUUCAAAUUAUUUUGUCAACUUUCUACAUGAUUUUGUUUACUGCUCUGAAAAGAUCUGCUCUUUGAACUAGCACACCAACUGUGAUGAUCUUUUGAAUAAUUUAUGGAAUUGUUUAUAUAGAGAUUUUUUUUUUUUUUUUUUUUUUUUUUUGUGAUUGAUUGAUUGAUGAUUCAAUGUUAAGUGGUUGUGAAUAUUUAAGGGAUUAUUUGACCAAAGCCUCUGGUUGCUGUGUGUGUGUGUGUGUGUGUGUGUGUGUGUGUGUGUGUGUGUGUGUGUGUGAUAGAGAGAGAGAGAAUUAGUCAGCUGAGGGGUUGUCAUGUUCUACGACACUCUUCUGGCCCUGGGAGGAAGUCUGUUUAGACAGGUUUACAAAAUAAUGCACUACAACUCCAUGCUGGGCACCAAAAGACAGUUGGGAGGAUAGGAGAGGGUGAUUUGAGUAUUUAACUUUGAAGUAACAUCCCUCCAGGAGUGACUCUGGAUUGACACUAUGAUUCUCUGCAUGAGAGAGAAGAAUAAAGACAGACAAACGUUCACCUUUAUUUAUUCUGAUCCUGAUAGUUCACUCAAAUAAACACCUUUUUUCUUAAUAAGAUUAAGAUAAGAUUUUCUUAUAAGAUUAAAUGUCCUUAACUAACACACUAAAUAUAGUUCACCUGAAAUUUAAAAUCAUACUGUAAUUCACGGCUUCCCACACUCAGAGGCAGUUGCAGUCCAUCUUUGUGCCUCUUCUGCACUGCCAUGGAAAUCUAUGCCGGUGCAUCCAUUCAAGCCUUGUAGGAUCACAUUCAACUUGUUGGGUAAUGCCUAAAUGUUGGCAGGUCAGGCUAUUCACACAUGGCGGUGUUGCAGUCCUACCAAGCAGAUCUGCUGAAGGACUUCUGUAUGAACGGUCCAGACCCUGAGUCCUUCCAAGAGCUGCUUUGCACCACAGAUUUUGCACUCUGGGCUACCAAGAUUACUGCCCAGGCCAUCAGCAGAUCUAUAGGUAGCCUGGUGUCUACUGAGCACCAUAUCUGGCUCGGUUUGUCAAGUCUGAGUGACGAGGAAAAGGCUGUCUUGUGUCAGUAGGGCCUCUUAGGUGACAAUAUUAAUGCUUUCACCGAGAGGUUUCAGUAAACUAAGAAGCAAUCGCUGGCCUACAGACACAUCCUGCCAAGGUGGGGUAGCUCUGUAGCCCAGCCGGUUUGCAUGCUCUCUUUCUCGGUGCAGCGCCCAGCCAAACAAAUUUCUACCAGCACUAACCCUGUUCCUUCUCAUAGAGGGGUGUUUGAGCCGCCGGUGAGGAAGAUACCCCAGAAACCUGGACCCAAGUGAAAGGUGGCACAUCCUGGACCUUGUCCCAGUGGUAAAGUUCCUUCUGGUCAGCCCAAACAUUGUUGAUGGUUUGGCACCAAUGAAGCGGGGUCAUAUGCACAUGGACCAGUCCCCUCUGACUCAGAAGAAGGCCCAGAACACUUCUCUGUGUCCCCACACAGUUCUCUCACUUUCCCCCGUGGUUCAAUCUCGGAAGAUCAAUUUUCUGUUUUUGUUAGUUCCGUGCUGUGGAGUUGCUCGAGGCACAAACAUUCUUACAAAAACAGGCAAAUUUUCAACUUUAACAAAUUUGGUUAUGCUAAGAGACAACCCAGUGGUCUCAGACCAGCUUUUGUGUCCUCUGACCCGCUACUUGAUCGUGUGGCUGCUUGAGUAUGCCCUAUGAGGGCAUUACGCAUGUACGUUGACCUAAUGAGUCAAUUCAGGGUGUCUGAAAAACUCUGCUUUGGAGGCCGUUCAAAGGGUUUUGCCGUCUCCAAGCAAAGAAUUACCCACUGGGUCGUGGAUGCCAUUGUGCUUGCCUGCAAUUCUUAAGGCAUACAAUGUCCAGUGGGUAUGAAAGCUCAUUCCACCAGGAGCAUGACCUCCUCUUGUGCAUGGGCAAAGGGUGUGUCACUAAAAGACAUAUGUCUGGCUGCAGGUUGGGCUUCCCCUAACAUGUUUGCCAGGGUCUAUAACCUGCAUGUAUCUUCCCUCUCUUCCCAGAUGUUCACAUAAGAAAAUUGUUGAUUAUCCCAUGAUCACUGACCAGUUGGUUAGUGUCAUUGUAUUGGGUGUUUAAUCAAAAACUGGGUAAAUUCUCUCUAUUUCCACUAAGGAUGAUGAGAGCAUGAAAACAAUCUUUCACUACCCUAUUGGCUAGUGUCAUUGUACCACAGCCCUUGGCCAGGCAACUGCCCUGCUACCCAAAUAUCCUUCUACCUGGUAUUGCUAGUGUCUCUAUCUUGGAAUUGAACCAUAUGGUGUAUUGUUACUCCACUCUCCUUCCUAUUUUUCACUAUGAAAUGGUGGUUAUAGCAAUGCCUUUUACUACCCUGUUGGCUACUGGGUAUUGCUCUAUCAGUAGCACUUUGUUAUGGUACACGGCUCCUGCAGCAUCAGCUAGUUCGAAGUUGAAGUUCCCGACUUAAAAGGGUCACCAGCCAAUCAAGUUGGUGUGAUGGUAUAGGGUUUCAAGGUCACCGCCCUGGGGAGGAGGUCCUACAGCGUCAGCUACUGAUGCUUCAUCUCUUUCCCUAAUUUCAGGGAACCAAGAUUGCAUCGGUUACAGAGACGUUCUCAUGUAAGCAAACUUCUCAAUUUUGACAAUUAGAAAUUUUGGGUGAACUACUCCUUUAAUUGAAAUCUAAGAAUAAAACAUUCUGUUAAUAGCUGCAGCCUGUUGACUUUUGACAACAUAACAUUGACUUAUAAAAACUAAAAAUCCCAAUCAGGGUGUCUUUAAUGUUUUUGCUCAUGCUGCCAUUUUGCACAAGCUAGGUAGCGUGAGCAGUAGUGAAUCUUGGCAUAAGCCAUAUAUGCAGUUUCUUAGGGUGACAGUGUUUUCUUGGAUGGCACAGGACACCAACCCCGCAUAUAGUUGCAUGCACACUCCACCUCUGAUCGUCUGUGGCAGUUUGACACCAUUGCACCUGCUCUAUGUUCCGCCAAGCCAUUUAAUUAAAAAUGAAUUGUGAUCUAGUGGAAAACUUUUCCCAAACAGCUAGCUCCCUGUGCUAUACUUAAACCUACCAGUUAAACUUGGUCUCAAACAAUCAAUGUCAGUAUUGAUUGUGAAUGGUCACUGAAAUUUACAUCAGAGUGAGAUCUGAGACCUCGUAAUCAAAAAAAUUGGAUGUCACAGGAUGUGAUCGUUUUAGCCCACAUGAUCCUCAGGGUCAUAGAUCAAGAAGCUCUGUUUUCCCCUAUAAAGGUCAGACCAACAUAUAAUUAAAAACGUUCCCACUAAGGGUGCAUGUGACAUAUGGAAGAGAUCUUUCAUGGGCCAAGUGACUUGCCCAAACUGCACAUUAUUACAGAAAUAAGUAAAAGCGACAUUUAGUGGAGCCAAAUUUUUCAUUAAGCUCUCAACUAAACGACUUGGCUCCACAUCAGACAGGCAAUAUUCAAUGACAGAGAAAGUAAAUUCAAAACAAAAUGCAGAAUACAGUAUACAGAGCUUUUAUUUGCCAAAACAUGCCUAUUGAGGUCUUUAUGUCUUCUUAGUCCCAGUUAAAUUUUUGCUUUUAAAUAAAAUCAGCAGUCCUGGGUCAGCUGCUAGUUAUCAGGGGCUUGUUGCAUCAUAGUCAUAAACAAUCUUGGGAGAAAAAGAUCUAAACUUUACGGAUGUUGUAUUCGUCACUUAUUUGCCUUGCCUGGUGUCCUGUAAAAAAUUGUGAAGACUUUUGGCACACUAUCAGGGAUUCUGUUACUGCUCAGCAUGUGAUAAUAUUUCACUCCAUUCAACCUGUGACAAGUGUAAAUAUUAACAUGACAUUACUUACAUGGACCAAUAUUUUCAAGGUGUUUUCAUUCACAGUAGGUGAUAAAAAUGAUGGUAAUAUCAAUGUCUGUCUGGAAUAUGAAAACAUGGAGGAUAUAAUUUAUUAUAGCCUGAGUUUAUCAGUUCUUGGCAAAAAGCAAAAGUUAAAGAAAUCUUUAUAAAUGAAGAAAAGGAAAAUUUGGAGGAGAGUAUUUUGGGAUGGUUAAUUUCAAACAUCACUAAAAUAGAAAUGCAGUGAUGUGCAGAAGUAUCUGGACCCUUGAUCAUUUUCAAAUUACAAAUUCAACAUUGAAAUGUAGUUCUAUGUGAUGUUUUUAUUUUAAAGCACAGAAAUUGCCCCACAAUUAGCCAUUUACUGUGAAACUGAAAUAACUGCCACAUUUUUUGGUCUAAAUCCCCACAAUUAAGUAAUCAUUAUUAAGGCUGAAUAAGAAUGUUAAAGUUCCUCUGUGAAAAUGAAGACUAAAGUAGUCAUUAGAUUUAAAACAAAUACAUAAAUUUGAAAUGGCAUAAACAAUAUCCAAGUGUGUGUGAAUGUCCCAGCAGCUCAAUUAUUAAGAAGAGGGUGCAAUACUUGACAAUUAAGACACUGCAGUAGAAGAGGCUGUGCCUAAAAAUUCAGAAAAACAAACCGAAAGGGAAUAACCACUUUGAAGGGAGUUUAGUAGAUGAUAAAGUAAAAGUGCACCCAUUAACCAUAUAAAAGAUCUGCAGAAAACUUGCCUGUAUGUGGGAGGAUAGGACAAACAAAUCUAAGGAAACAUAUAAAAAGAUUUUUAUUUUUUAUUGUGGUCAGAUGAGACCAAACGAAAGUUUUAUCAUCAAAAUUCAAAGCGAAAUGUGUGGCACAAAUCUAGCAAACCUCAAACAUCACCUCCACUAAAGUAUGAUUGUAGUAGCAUCAAUCUGUUGACAUGCUUUCCAUCAACAAAGCACUGGUCAUCUUAAAACAAAAACAAGAAUGUAUAGUGUAAACUUAAAGGAAAUGCUGUAGUCCCAAACACAAGGCAUGUUUUGUUAAGCAUGUUGUCUUGUGACUUGUAAUGUCAUAUUACAAUAAGUUUUCAGUUUUAAUCAAGCUACAGUGGUUUGAAUAAAAAUACCACAGAGAAGAAAAUUGUUUGGAAAUGUGAUAAAGUUGACUGUUAAACAGCUGAAUACUUUUGCAAGACCUUUUAUAGUGGCUGUGAUCCCACUUUUCAUGCCUUAUCUGUUCUUACGAAAUAAUAAUCUCUGUUGCAUCUUCCUCAUAUCCAGAACAUUUUAUGAAUUCUAUCCAAGCCUAAGCAAAGCUGAUGAUGUUGUUACACUUAUAAUGCUGCAAUAGAAGUUAUUAAAUGUUUA